CGGUAGGAGUUUGACGUAGACGUAACUGGCAACCCCACUCACUCAGCCUGCGUGCAGCAGUGCGCUGUGCGGGGCAGCAGAUUCCCCACAGAGAUCCCAAGGGUUACAUAGAAGUGCUGUGUGGAUGACUGACUAAGAGGAGUACUUCGGUCAACGGAGAUCAUCCAAUAGGCGUCUCAGGGCAACAGCUACGAAACAAUGGAGCAAGAAUUUGAAGAAAUCGAUUCGUCCGGAAGUUGGCAAAAUCUUUACAAUGAGAUCCGCAACCAAGCCGGCGAAUAUUCUUACAGAGUGGCCAGACUUCCAGCAAAUCGCAACUUGAACCGCUACAGAGAUGUCAGCCCAUAUGAUCACAGCCGGGUAAAACUUGAAAACUCUGAAAAUGACUACAUCAAUGCAAGUUUAGUCAUGGUAGAAGAAGCCCAAAGAGCUUACAUUCUUUCUCAGGGGCCUUUGAGGAAUACCUGUGGUCAUUUCUGGCUGAUGAUUUGGGAGCAGUGUACCAAAGCUGUCAUAAUGCUCAACAGAGUCAUUGAAAAGGGAUCUGAGAAGUGUGCCCAGUAUUGGCCAACCUCAGAAGAGGCACAGAUGUCUUUUACAGAUACGGGCUUUAUUGUCAGGCUACUUUCAGAGGAAGACCGAUCCUAUUACACAAUUCGAGUGCUAGAACUGCAGAACACAAAGACAGGGGACUUGCGGGAGAUCUACCACUUUCAUUACACCACAUGGCCGGACUUUGGUGUCCCAGAAUCUCCUGCCUCCUUCCUUAAUUUCCUGUUCAAAGUUCGAGAGUCUGGCUCCCUGGACCCAGAGCACGGACCCUCAGUGGUGCAUUGUAGCGCUGGGAUCGGCCGCUCGGGGACCUUCGCUUUGGUGGACACCUGCCUCAUCCUGAUGAGUAAGCGGCAAAAUCCAUCAUCGGUGGAUAUACAGAAGGUGUUACUGGACAUGAGGGAGUACCGCAUGGGCCUGAUUCAGACCCCAGACCAGCUACGCUUCUCCUACAUGGCUGUCAUCGAGGGGGCCAAGCUGAUCCUGACAGACGACCCAGCACAACAGAAAAACCUGCAGAGGAUGCUGCCUAGACCUGCCCCCCCCUCAGAGCCGGAUCUGCCUCCUCCCCCACCUCCACCCAGACCUCUCCUCUAUGACAGCACACCUAAUGGCCAGCCAGGACCAUCUGUGGAACCACAAGCUGCUUCAGCAGACCACCUGCUUUCACAAGAGCCAGACAGCCACAACCUCAAUUUGGCAGAAAACUCUGGACAUGUCAGGAAGAGAAACAGAGAGGAGAGGAUCGCCAGUACAGCACAGAAGGUCCAGCAGAUGAAACAGAGACUGACUGACUCAGAGAGGAAACAAGAGCAGUGGCUGUACUGGAAGCCCAUCCUCCUUAACGUCGGUGCUGGGGCAGCUUUGGCUGUCGGCCUGUUUGUUUGCUGGAUCUACUCCCAAUGAAACACUGGCUCACUUAAAAUGGACUCUUAUUUUGCACCAGUACCUAGGAUUAGGUACUUCUUUAAGUACAUUUAGAUAAUAAUAUGUGCAUAACCGAGGGUAUUUAUUUCAAGGUCAAAACUUGGGCACACUAGAUCAAAUGAAUGUGUGUAUAUUUUUCAGAAGAUCUUUAAAAAAACAUCUCAGGAUCUUGGUGCCAGCACGAUGAUUUUCUUUUCUUCUCACCCCUGUUGGUGAAUGUACUGUAUCAUAACAAAUCACUUUGGAAAAACAAUUACUAAAGGUGCAGUACAAAUAUUUUACCAGGUUUAUUUUUGCAUUCUUCAUUGCUAAUGGUCAGAUUCCGUUCAUAAUCUGUGGGCAUAGUUACAUUUUUUUCAAUUUAAAACGACAUGGCUUUACUGUCCAUCCUGACCAUAGACCUGUAGGAGGGCGCCAGAGCUAUGAAAAUUAUUUAGUUUUCCCCUAAAGUGCCACUCUUUCUUCCAUUCACAUUUAUUGGGGCUUCCCAGCAUGGCCAGAUAUAUAUAUUUUCACUGGAAGCUGCCUUGCUGAUGUUUCAAACUCUGCUGAAAUGUCAAUGUUUUCAUUUGCUGUUAAAUAAGCACAUUUUCCGUUCUUUCCUUCACAUGGAUCGUAGAAGUUAUGUCAGGUCCUUCCUCACUUGAGUGUAUUCACCCACUGGAUGGGUUCAUGUGUACUUUCAGGUUAUCACACUGUAGUUUCUCUGUUUGUUUUUAGGAAACCAAAGCAACGCUGUCAGUUUUAGGACGGCAAAAUCCCUGCAACCCUUUAUGCUGAAUGUAUUUUCUUCAAUUUUUUUCACAUAACUGACAACCCAUGUUACAAAAUCAUACAAGUAAUAGUACCUUUUGUGUUAAAUGUGACUUUUAUUUAAACACACCAUAUCACCAUAUAGAUUAGAAUUGAUUGGGACCAAUCUAAAGCAUCUAAUAGUGCAAUUUAGACACUGGAGCAAAAGCACUUGGGAUUGUUUUUAGCUAGUGAUUGAUGGCAAACAUAUUUGUUCUUGUUUGUUUGCUGGUCGAACUAGCUUUUAAUGUGCCUUGAAGUGAGUGAAAUGGAAAAACGAAAAAGUGCUCCAAGGUUUGUUAGCAUGAUCAGUACAGAUUAGAGUUUGUUUGAGCUGCUUUCCCCCCACAUAACAUGAAUAAUAUUACACUGAAUUAUUCAUUGUAACUGGAUGUAAGGUAACUGUCAUUAGCAUGUAUUGACUAUUGAAAUGAAAAGACCGGAUAGACCAAACAUUCCAGACUCAUUUCCCACAUGCAAAUUCAGGGGAGUUGUGUACGCUGCUGAGCUGCAGAUUUUUUUAUAGCUAAUAAAACAUCAAAUACUGAUUAAAACGAUUACCGUUUUGUACCUAA